CCUCUGCUGGCCUCUCGCUCCCCCUGUUGUGGGACACGGUGGUGAGUCUGGGGCCCAGCCCUGAGGGUGCCUGCAGGGCGUCGCCCAAGCUGGAGGCCGGGCAGGUGGCCGGAGGCGAGGAUGCCAUGAGCGGGGGCCGCUUUGACUUUGAUGAUGGUGGGGCGUACUGCGGGGGCUGGGAGGGGGGGAAGGCCCACGGACACGGGCUGUGCACGGGCCCCAAGGGCCAGGGCGAAUACUCCGGCUCCUGGAACUUCGGCUUUGAAGUGGCAGGUGUCUACACUUGGCCCAGCGGAAACACCUUCGAAGGCUACUGGAGCCAGGGCAAGCGGCACGGGCUGGGCAUAGAGACCAAGGGGCGCUGGCUGUACAAGGGCGAGUGGACGCAUGGCUUCAAGGGACGCUACGGAACCCGGCAGAGCACCAGCAGCGGUGCCAAGUAUGAGGGGACUUGGAACAAUGGCUUGCAGGACGGCUAUGGCACCGAGACCUAUGCAGAUGGAGGCACGUACCAAGGCCAGUUCACCAACGGCAUGCGCCACGGCUACGGCGUGCGCCAGAGCGUGCCCUACGGGAUGGCCGUGGUGGUGCGCUCGCCGCUGCGCACGUCGCUCUCGUCCCUGCGCAGCGAGCACAGCAACGGCACGGUGGCCCCCGACUCGCCCGCGUCGCCGGCCGCCGACGGCCCCGCGCUGCCCUCGCCCGCCAUCCCGCGCGGCGGCUUCGCGCUCAGCCUGCUGGCCAAUGCCGAGGCGGCGCGGGCGCCCAAGGGCGGCGGCCUCUUCCCGCGCGGCGCCCUGCUGGGCAAGCUGCGGCGGGCCGAGUCCCGCACGUCCGUGGGCAGCCAGCGCAGCCGCGUGAGCUUCCUCAAGAGCGACCUGAGCUCGGGCGCCAGCGACGCCGCCUCCACCGCCAGCCUGGGCGAGGGCGCCGAGGGCGCGGACGACGCGGCGCCCUUCGAGGCCGACAUCGACGCCACCACCACCGAGACCUACAUGGGCGAGUGGAAGAACGACAAGCGCUCGGGCUUCGGCGUGAGCGAGCGCUCCAGCGGCCUCCGCUACGAGGGCGAGUGGCUGGACAACCUGCGCCACGGCUACGGCUGCACCACGCUGCCCGACGGUCACCGCGAGGAGGGCAAGUACCGCCACAACGUGCUGGUCAAGGGCACCAAGCGCCGCGUGCUGCCGCUCAAGAGCAACAAGGUCCGGCAGAAGGUGGAGCACAGCGUGGAGGGCGCCCAGCGCGCCGCCGCCAUCGCGCGCCAGAAGGCGGAGAUCGCCGUCUCCAGGACAAGCCACGCCAGGGCCAAAGCCGAGGCAGCGGAACAGGCUGCCCUGGCUGCCAACCAGGAGUCCAACAUCGCCCGCAGCUUGGCCCGGGAGCUGGCGCCGGACUUCUACCAGCCAGGUCCUGAAUACCAGAAGCGCCGACUGCUGCAGGAGAUCCUGGAGCACUCCGAGAGCCUUUUGGAGCCGCCAGACCGGGGAGCCGCGGGCCUCCCGCAGCCGCCCCGCGAGAGCCCGCAGUUGCACGAGCGCGAGACCCCUCGGCCAGAGGGAGGGCCCCCGUCGCCGGCCGGGACGCCCCCGCAGCCCAAGCGGCCCCGGCCCGGCGCGUCCAAGGACGGCCUGCUGGGCCCCGGUGCCUGGAACGGCGAGCCCGGCGGCGGCGGCGAGGGCAGCCGGCCGGCCACCCCGGCGGCGGCGGCGGGCGCGGGCCGCCGCAGCCCCGCGCGCCCGGCCAGUGAGCACAUGGCCAUCGAGGCGCUGCAGGCACCGCCCGCACCGUCGCGGGAGCCCGAGGUGGCCCUGUACCGGGGCUACCACAGCUACGCCGUGCGCACCGCGCCGCCCGCACCGCCGCCCUUCGAGGACGACCCCCAGCCCGAGGCCGCCGACCCCGACUCCGCGCCCGCGUCCCCCGCGCCCGCGUCCCCCGCGCCCGCGUCCCCCGCCACCGCCCCGGGCCAGGCCCCCGCGCUCCGGAACCCCGAGCCCGCACCCGAGUCGCCGGCCAAGCUGGAGCCCAAGCCCAUCGUGCCCAAGGCCAAGGCCCGCAAGACUGAGGCCCGAGGGCUGAGCAAGACCGGGGCCAAGAAGAAGGCCCGGAAGGAGGCGGCGCAGGCAGCCGAGGCGGAGGUGGAGGUCGAAGAGGUCCCCAACACCGUCCUCAUCUGCAUGGUGAUCCUGCUGAACAUUGGCCUGGCCAUCCUCUUCGUGCACCUCCUGACCUGAGCCUCAUUCUCCAGAGCCGGGAGUCCCUGCUGAGGACGCCAGGACCCAUCUUUGUGCACUGCCAAGCAGGUGGCCACGAAGGACUGGACUCGACCUGGAGCCUCGGGCCAGCUCACUGCCGCACCCGAACGUUUAAGGCCUCCUGUGGCACCCCUGCUUGGUGGCGGUGUCCCGAAGAAUAGAAUGUGCUAGACCCUCCAGGCGUGCUCUGCCCAGGGCAAGGGGGGCCUGAGAGUCCUGGUCAGCCCCUGCCCCCAUCCCCCCCACCUCCCCCAGGUCACCCGUCCCUCGGCUUUUGUGCUUUUCCGGACAAAUCACCCACCCAGGAUGUUCACGUUGACUCUCCCGCUUCCUCCACCCUGCCCCCACUUUAACUGACUUCCCCGAAUGGUGGGCUGAGAGCUCCUGGGAAAGCUGGGGUGUAGAGGGGCUGACAUGCCUCGGGGUGGACCAGGGAGACCGUGGCCCAGCACACAGUCUGCCCCUCGCUCACAGAUGUCCCGGGUGAGAGUGGAGGAAGCCGACAGGUGCAGGGUGCAGCGCUCCGUCUCCUCCCCCUCUGCACCAGAAGAGGCAAUGGGAGCCCUUGGCUGGGAGGCUGGUG